GAUUAAGCGGCCAAGCAGUUCCGGUUGACAAGGGGCGGAAAAUUCAAACACCUGUCAAAGAUUUUGUUUUGUAACUGGAGAUGACUGGGAUCUGAAAAAUGUUGACAACAAGGAGUAGAUUCAAAGUGUUGAAUGAGAUAGCCCAACAGAACAAGGAACAGAUUGAUACAGUCACAGAAGAAAAAAGAGAGAAAAGAAGAAAGAAAGUGAUAAGAGAAUUGUUUGAAACAGAAAAAACUUAUCUGAAUCAUCUAGAGUUAGUGAACAAGUAUUUUGAUUUCCCACUGAGGUUUAACUGUUUAAUCCCAGACAGCAUCCACAAUAAGAUCUUUGGUAAUAUAGAACAGAUAUGUGAGGUGAACAAGACACUUCAGGAGUAUAUGGAACAAACCACUAUAGGCCAGGCCUUUCACUAUCUGGGACCAUUUCUAAAGUUAUACUCAUCAUAUGCUAACAAUCAUGAAACUGCUUUAGCAGCCUUGCAGGAAUGGUUACAGAAAAGCACAGAAUUCAAAGAUUUUAUCCAGACUCAAGAAGAACGUUCAGAUUUAAACGGUCUGAAACUUAAUGCUUUACUGAUUACUCCUGUACAGAGAAUACCAAGAUAUAGACUUUUACUAGAAGACUUAUUACAGUGUACAACAGAAGAACAUCAUGAUUAUAUACAGAUAAAAGAAUCUGCCCAGCAGGUGGGAGAAAUAGCCAGUCAUAUAAAUGAACAUAUAAAACAACAUGAGAACUUCCAGAAAAUGUUGAGUAUCCAAAAGUGUUUUGACAGCUCAGCACCAAAAAUUCUGGCUCCAGGCAGAGAGUUUCUUAGGGAGGGAGUACUGAAAAAGGUUUCAAGGAAAGGUGGGAAGUCACAUGACAGGAUGUUCUUCCUGUUUUCUGACAUGAUGCUUUAUGGGAAGGCUAAGUUUUUAGACAGUGGUAACAAUACCUACUCUUGUUGUUGUGUACUACCAUUAAAACACUGCCAAGUAGAGAGAAUGUUUGGACAGAGUAAGAAUGGCAAUACUAGUCUGACAGAAACUGGAGGCAUGUUUUCUAUUGCAUGUAAAGAUGAGAGUUUACUGUUGUUGUCACAUGACCCAGAAAAUGUCCAGCAAUGGGUGGAAACUCUGGAGUCGGCUAUCAAAAAGUUGUGUAAAGACAGAUCUACUCUGAGAAAACCUAGCAGCAAUAAACUACCAAUGAGGGGCAAGUCACUUUGGAGACAGAAAAAACAGGAAAAGAUGGAGGAAAAAAAGAUGAAAGCUAAAUUACAACCAGUCACUGAGGAUACAACAACAUGUCCAGAAUCUCCAUGUUUACCUGAUGGAUUAUCUCCCUUUAAAAAAACAUUUCCUGAUAUUAUAAGCUGUAUGUCACCUAAAAGGAGAAAAUUGCAAAAGGAUCGAACUAAUUCACCACUUCCCCCUCCCCGUCAAAGGAAAAGGGGUGUGGCUAGCAUAUCUGAUGAUUAUUCCAGUUCACCCGUGCCUAAGAGAUUGACAAGAAGGCCAUUGUCUGAAUCAGAAUAUAGUCAGGCAUCUGAUGUAUUUGAGGAUACCAAUGAUUGGAUUACUACUUCCACUCCAUCAGCUGAUUGCACUGAAAACACUUUCAUGCAGGUCACUAUGGAUGACCUUGACCUGGCAGAGGUCACAAAUAAUUCAUUUUGUCAACCGAAAGCUAAUGAUGAAAAAGCAUCAACGGAUGUGUAUUAUACUAACAGCUAUAGAGAUCAGAAAAGUCAGACGUGCACCAGAAAACCAUUUACAAGAUUAUUGAAUACAGGAAGAGGGUUCACAAAGAGAUGUCACAGUGCCAUUAACAAUGUUCAGACUAGAAUUAGUGAAACAAAACAGAACUGUUCUAUACAAUAGCUUUAACUUGUAGGAUACAAAUAAUUAUUUUGCCUCAGCCCUUUGAACCUGCAAUCUGUGUGUCAAAUGAUGAGUAGUGGGUAAAUUUAAUGGCACAUUAGAUUCUGUGUCUUCAAAAUUAAGAAGGUUGGAGAAAAUAUAGACAUUCAAUAGUUUUGAAUGUGUGUUUUUUGUAGGUUGUAUAUGGUAUAUUUGUAAAAUAAUCAGAUAUACUGUGGAUUCAUCAUUAUUCGUUGGAUACCAAUUUUCGUGGAUUUCAAUGGUAGUGGUGAACCACGAAAUUAAAUGUUCAACGAAUGACAAAUUAUCUAAAGGCUUGUAUGAGGACCUUGGCAAAACCACGAAAUUAAAUAUCUACAACAUGCAAGUUUUCCUU